AUGUCGUCGCUCUCCAAUGGCAGCAACCCCUUCGCCUCGGACGCCUCGGACGACUUCUCCUUCCCCAACCCCACCACGCUGCGCGAGUACAAUCUGCGCGACCACAUCGACGGCUCCGUCGACCUCUUCGCCCGCCGCGACCCCGACUGGCUCGCCAUCGACGCCACCAUCAUCCGCUGGCUCUUCCUCACCAUCUCGCCAGAUAUCUUCAAGACGGUGGUCCGCGAGGGCGAUGACGCGCACACGGUCUGGACGAAGAUCAACGAGCUCUUCACCGGCAACAAGCUGCAGAGGAUCGUGUUCCUGCAGCAGGAAUUCUUCGGCACGCCGCAGAACGACCAGACCCUCGAUGCCUAUUGCUUGCGUCUCAAGGCGAUCUCCGACGAGCUUCACGACCUCGGCUUCAAGAUCGGCGAUGAGAUUCUUCUCUCUACUCUUACUGCAGGGCUCAACGAGGAACUCGGGAACGCCGCCGCCGACCUCACCCUCAUGACCGAACCCACCUUCGAGCGGGCAGUCACCUACCUCAAGCUCGAGGAACGCCGGCUGAAGAACCUCCGCACCCGGGCUGUCCACACUGCCCUCGCCGCUGGCUACCGCGCCCCUGCCCCGCCAGCUCCCGCGCCUCCUCAACAGGCGCCGCGCCCGUGGACCGCGUCGCCCUCCUCCCCAUGCCACCUCAGCAGCUACAGCAGCAGCAGGGACGCAAGAACCACCGUCGUCGCGGUGGUGGCCGCAACAACGGAGCAUGCCGGUGCCGUGCCUGCCCGCCCCCGACACCUUCGGUCCUUGCCCCCGACUCACCAGGCGCUCUUCGCCGCGACACCGCCCUACGCCCCAGCCUACCACACCGCGCCACCACCCUACACGCCGCCGCAACCCGCAUGGGACCCGGCGCUCUUCGCGGCACUGCAGCAGGCACCCACGCCGGGCUCUUAUGCCGGUGGCGGCGACUGGUUCAUGGACACGGGCGCCUCGUCUCACAUGACCGCUCACCCGGGUAACCUUUCACAUUACUUCCCCACUUCCACCGAGUCUCGCAUCAUUGUCGGACGCCCGCACCAGGAUGGUCCUCCACCGAUGUGA